AGUUGUGUGAUGGUGUGAUCGACACCUACAAUGAAGGAGCAGAGAGAUGCAGAAGUGGAAUUGGCGAAGCAGAGAUGCAGGUUCGUCAUUGAUAGAAUUCAAGAGUUGCCUGCUUCCACCAAGAUCACCGACUCAUGCCGCCGCACCCUUCUCAAAUUAGCUCGCUCCGAGCUCUCUUUCCUAUCUUGCUUCGCUUCUUCUUCUGCUACUACUUCUACGCCUCUCAGUGUCAACAUUGGACACCUUGAGGCAGUGGUGCACAUCCUCCAGCAGCCUUUCAUAACCGGAGUUUCUCGAGUUUGUAAGUCAGUUCCACUCUUACCUACAGUCAGAAGAGAGGAGAGUCGUUGUUCUUCUCUCAAAGACAUCCAUGUGGAUAUAGUGUGUACCUUCAACAGGAAACCAGUCUGGAUUAUAGUGUCUAAUAGAAAUCCAAGGUACAUUUCUUGGCAUAGAUGUCAUAAAAGUAAGGGUUUAGAAUUGCGCAUGCAAGAAGUCCUAGCUGCUGCACAAUCUAGCUUAACAUUAAGACCUUCCGCAGUUAUACUUUUCUUUGCUAAUGGGAUUGCAAACCAUGUCUACAAAAAACUUCAAGAUAAGUUUGGGGCGUCAGAAAUUGGAUUGGGGCCUUCAGUUUUCAACUUUGAUGCAUUUGAGGAAUCAGAAGGAGACUGGAUAAACAUACUGGCAAGAUCUUAUAAAGAUGCUUGCAUCCUUGAAAUAAAACCGACCAAUAGCAAGGAUGCUGUUUCAGGGGUAGAACAUAUUGACAAAGGUUUGACUGUGGACUCUGCUCAACUAGGGGUUUCAGUUGAGAAAACUGCUCAACCUCAGCUUUCUGUUGAAGAUUGUGAAGCCAACAUGGCUAAUGCAUUCUGCUCCAUUGUUCUGGGACUGAAAUUAUGCUCCCUGAAAAUUAAAAAUUUAGAAUCUUCUGAACCAGGAAACUAUGUUAGAGAAGUUGAUUUGAUAAAUUUUGAUACAACAGCUUUGAUAGCUCUUGUAACAGGAAUUAGUAAUGGUGGUGCCCAGAAUCUUUUGGCUCGUCCAGAGAGUGAAUUGAGGGAGAGAUUCAAAGGAAACUAUGAGUUUGUGGUUGGUCAAGCAAUGUCUGAAAUUCAGAAUCCAAUCCAUGUGGAAUUCAGCAGAGUGUUAUGUGGAAAGACAGGCAUGAUUUGUGAGAGUGUCCAUAUGGAAUUCAAGGAGUUGGUAUUAAUGUGUGGAGGGCCGAAUGAGAAACUGAUAGCUGACAAAUUAAUAAAUAGCCUAAGGGUUGUUCCUGAUUGUCCAUCAGAACGGAUGAUGGGCCUGCCAACAACAAGAAAGUUGGCAAUGAAAAAUAAGGUUGUUUUUGGCACUGGUGACUAUUGGCACGCUCCAACUUUAACUGCAAACAUGGCGUUUGUCAGAGCAGUUUCUCAGACAGGGAUGUCCCUUUCCACUAUUGAGCAUAGACCACGUGCCUUAAUUGGUGAUUAAUCAUUUAGUUGCAUGCAUUCUCCACAUGAACACUGAAGGCUUUCUUUCCCACAACAAUAACAGGCAAUAGAGUGUAUUUUCAAUUAGAGGGGGUACCUUGUCUGUUCAUCAAAUCCCCAUUGCUUGAGGAGUUCAGCAAAUCUAAACAUUGCAAUUUAUUUAGUUGUUUAAAAGCCUCAUUUGACUUGCCUUGUAAAAUAGGUAUGGAAAUACGAGAAACACUAAAGUUUUAUGUUUUGAUGAGAAUUAUAGAAGUUUUUAUAGUAUCGUAUGUUUAUUUCAUUAGCAUACAAUUGACUGUUUUAUACGACAAAGCUUGAUGAUGCACCUCUGAUAAACUAUUUACCACUAUCCUCUUGUUGGAUAUUUUAAGCAUUUUGUUCUUGUUA